AUGACAAAUGAGCUUGGACAGCACAAGUGGGUAACAAUAGAGGAGUAUGUGAAAGGAGACUUUGUCAAGUACAUUACCAAUGACGGAACGAGCUGCGAUUCAGAGGAUGGAUACAUGGAGAUUGAGCAGAAGUGUGUAAGCCUGACCCACUUUUCUAUUGAACAUUCUCUGGGAUUGCUAUUGAUAGUAGACCUGCAGGGGAGUGGUCACACGCUGUAUGACCCAGAGAUUGCCUCACGAGAUCACACAAAAGACGGAAAAUUUUUGUUUGCCGCUGGAAAUCUAUCUCAGACUGCCAUGGAUAACUUCCUGGCUCAGCAUCGAGAGUUUAACAUGUACUGCAAGUUACUCGAGCUAAAACUUGAGAAAGGAAAAAGACUAAGACAAUCAAUAAUACCGAGAGUAAAACAUUCAUAA